AUGGACAGCGAACUCCUGCUCAGUCGCUUCACUGCAGGGAGGAAGAGGAAGAGAGAGACGAGGGGCCAGGGCAAACGCUCUUCGUCCCACCACGAGGAGGGUCCUUCCCAGGAGCCGGCUGUAAUCGUGGUGGAGGACCGGGAUGAUGCUACCCUGGAAACGGGUACAGUGACUGGUCAUUCCCCCCCACUCUUGACCUAUGAGGUGGCGACUGGUGGUCGCUCGACGAGACUCUGCAUUCCUCCUCUGCCCCAAAGCUUAGGGGACGUGCAACUGGAGACCCUGAUCACCUUGCCCGCGGAGGACCAAGCCCGCAUCUCGGCCGGUUCUGAGAACGACCUCGAUAACAUGGUCCUCUUGAGGCUAAGCCAGGUACUUGCGAUGAUUCUCCCUGCACUCGUUUUUUUUUACGCUCUUGACCCCCAUGCCUUAGUACAGGCCACGCUGGGGAUGAUCGAGGUGGUAGGUAGGAGACGGGGUCGCCAGGCCGCCGCGGACGAGGCGAUGAAAGCAGCCGAGGCCAAGCAGAAGGAGCUGCAGGAAGAGGUCGCUCGGCUCACCAGGGAGUUGGAGGAGAAAAAGAAUCGCUGCGCGGCGCUUGCUGUGGAGAAAACUUCCCAGGAGAACCGCUGUGCCGCCCUUGAAGCAGACAAGGCCUCCAUGUCCUUGGAGUUAGAAUCUGUUUCUGCCCGCGUGCUCGAGUUGGAGGGGGAGAAAACUGAUCUGAUCCAGCAGCUGGAAGUGGAGAGGAGCGACCGGGUCCGCUAUGCAGAGGAAGCAGUAGAAUCCUUCAAGUCUUCUCCUGACUUCACGGUGGUCGCGAUGGAGCGGAUGGAAGAUCUAACGGCUGCUUGGCUCGAAACUGAACCUGGGGCUCAAUGGAUGGUCAAGGAGGGCACCAAAUCCUUCAAUUGUGGACUCUUCCGCGCCCAGCAGGUCUUCCGCGACAAACUGGCUCAGCUCCCCAAAGGAUUCACUCUCCCCGACCUCGGCUUUCCCCCUCCUUGCCGCUCCCUGGCCGAGCUCCCUGAUGUGCUGAGCAUAUUCCUUCAUGGAUUUCUUCCAUUAACUUCUGUGCUUCGCCCGCUCUUAAGCACCUUAGCAAUGUACCAUUGUACGACCGCUUAUACAGACGACCGCACUCCAGCGUGUAGCUGGGUGCACGUCGCUUCACCACCUUUGCCGUGAUUGGGUCGGCAG